AUGGCAAAAGAUUAUAUGAGGGAGUUCAGCCCGCUGGUGGAGGUGCAGGCGAUCGUGCGAGGCACGGCGCUGCUGCCCUGCGACAUCGAGCCCCCCGCGCCCAACGACAGCGUCAUCCUCGCCAUCUGGUUCAAGAACGAGAUGACGCCCUUCUACAGGGUGGCCGCUACGAGAAAUGCGACGGACGGACGCGCCGGCGUGGCCGCGCUGGGGAGAGGUGGAGGCGGUGCGGGCAGUCAGGUGGACUCAAGUGGAAUGGACGCAUCUCGCGGAAGCGGGCGUCGGCGGGUCUGGUGGCGCGCCGUCGACGUUUACGGAGGGGUGCGGGUGGAUGUGGCGGCGCUCGAGGAUGGAGGCUCGGCUCGUGCUUGGACAUUCAUUGCUGGACAGACUCCAAACUACGACGCGCGUGGCCGCGCCUCGGAGUCGGCCUCGCACUGGCGCGACAAGGCGAUCCUGGGCGAGCGCGGCUACUUCCGCACCGUCACCACGCCGGCCACGCUGUCGCUCAGCGAGAUCUCGGAGCGCGACGAGGGCGUCUACCGCUGCCGCGUCGACUUCCGCCAGUCGCCGUCCCGCAACACCCGCCUCAACCUCACCGUCGUAGUUCCUCCACAGCGGCCGACCAUCUUUGACGAACUCGGCCGUGAGCUGGUGGACCGCGCAGGACCGUACGAGGAGGGGGGCCAGAUGCGGCUCACUUGCAUCGUCACUGGAGGGCGGCCACCACCCACGGUGCUGUGGUGGCGUGGAGAGCGGCUGCUGGAUGCGCUGGAGCUGCCCAGCUCUUCGUCCUUCCCAAACGUCCGCAAGAGCCAGCUAGUGGUACCGAGGUUGCGGCGUGCAGACCUAGGCGCCAUCUUCACCUGCCAAGCGGCCAACAACAACAUUAGCCAGCCCGCACAGGCCAGCGUCUCCCUGGACCUCAACUUCAGGCCGCUGUCGGCGAGCAUCCUGAGCAGCGAGCAGCCGCUGUCGGCCGGCCGCAGCUACGAGCUCACCUGCCGCUCCGUGGGGUCGCGGCCGCCCGCCCGCAUCUCCUGGUGGCUGGACAGCACCAUGCUGCAGGGGGCCGCCGAGUCGGUGACGUCCGACGGCAACGAGACCAUCUCUCGGCUGCAGCUGACGCCGGCGCCGGCUGACCACGACAAGAUGCUCACCUGCCGCGCCGAGAACCCGCAGCUGCCCGCCGCCGUCGAGGAGGAUUCCUGGCGCCUCAACAUCUUCUAUGUUCCUCAGACUGAGCUUCGCUUAGGAGCAAACCUGAAUCCUAACGACAUCGAGGAAGGGGACGAUGUGUACUUCGAAUGCGAGGUCAACGCCAAUCCCAGUGCCUACAAAGUGAUGUGGAAGCACAACGGGGCGCCGCUGCAUCAUAGCACGUCAGACGGCAUCAUCGUGAGUACGCACAACCUGGCGCUGCAGAUGGUGAGCAAGCACCAGGCUGGCAACUACACCUGUUCCGCCUCCAACAUCGAAGGCGACGGCGCCAGCAACACCGUCCAGCUCAGGGUCAUGUACAAGCCGGUGUGCCGGCCCGGGCUGCAGCGUGUGUAUGCGGUUGCGCGGCACGAGGUGGCGCGCGUGCAGUGCCGCGUGGACGCCUUCCCGCUGCCCGACGCCUUCCGCUGGUCCUUCAACAACUCGGCGGAGAGCGUCGAGGUGCCGCCGCACCGCUUCAACUCGUCCGCCACCGCCUCCGUGCUGGCCUACACGCCCGUCGCCGAGAUGGACUACGGCACCGUGCUCUGCUGGGCCGACAACACGGCGGGCCGCCAGCCGCACCCCUGCGUCUUCCACGUCAUACCUGCUGGCAUCCCGGAACCGCCGUUCAACUGCUCGGUGGCGAACCAGACGUCCGACACGGUGCACGUGCGCUGCCUGGAGGGCUUCGACGGCGGGCAGCCGCAGCUGUUCGUGCUGGAGGUGGCGGACGUGGCGGGCGGCCUCGUGCUGGCCAACCUGUCGUCGCGGGCGCCGCUCUUCACGGUGGACGGGCUGGCGCCGGGGCAGGCGCUGCGGCUCUCCGUGUACGCCGCCAACUCCAAGGGCCGCAGCGACGCCGUCCACUUCGAGGGCGCCACGCUCAAGGCGGCCGAGAAGCAGACAGGCCCUCCCGACCAGCUGGAGAUGUCGCCGCUGUUGGGCGUGCUGCUCGGCUUGGUGCUGGUGUUGGUGGUGGUGACGGCCGUGGUGGUGGGCACGCUGAGAGCGCGCUUCAAGCGGCGGCGCAUUCCGCGGCCCGGCGACCUCGCCUUCAAAGAGAAGGCCGCCGCGCUGUUCGCGCCUGCGCGCCACGACCGGCACGACAAGGACGAGAUCAACCCGGACGUCAUACCCUCCAACUCCGUGGCGGAGACGGCGCAGGACUCGUGCGCUCAGACGCCUGCAGCGGACGCCGAGACGGAGGAGGCGGGGCUGUUGCCCGCAACACCGGCUCAACCGCCGCCCCCUGGUGGCCCCGUCGCUCACGCCGCCCUCGUUGCAGAGCAGCGGAUGCAACUUACUUCGAACGGACAGCCGCCUCCCACGAGAAGGGACGUUUGGGACUGUCAAGGGCCCGGUGUAGAUAGCCCCACAGAGCCGGCGCUGCCGGUUGCGGCCUUCGCGCCUGAGCGGCCGUCGGCGCUGCCCAGCAGACUGCCGCCCCUGGUGGGCUCCGCCACGCUGCCGCGGCGCACCCCCGCCGCCGCCCCCGCGCCGACGCCCCCGCUGUCACCGCCGGCCCCCGCCCCCGCGCUGCCACCUCGCCAGGUUCCGGCACCGCCCUCCGUCGCGUCGGUGCUGGCGUCUCCUGUCACGCCCACGGGCUGCGGUCACCCACUGCGGGAGAUCGUCACCGUGCGUACGCCGCUCAUGGCCGCCGCCCACCAGGAGAGCUGCGUCUAGCGUGUGGGGCUGACUACAGACUGACACACCUCGUGUCCC